AUGGUUAGACUCUGGACGACUGUGGCUGCUGCUGCAUUGCUCACUGUGAGCUCUGCUUCACCCUUAAAACCCUACAAACGCGCCCCAUCUUUCGACUACAGCGGCCAGAAGGUCCGCGGCGUGAACACAGGUGGUUGGUUCGUCCUCGAGCCUUGGAUCACGCCCAGCAUCUUCGAAGGCAAUGACGCUGUCGACGAGUACACAUUGACACAGAUCAUGGGGAAAGAUGCUGCUAAGUCGCGUCUCCAGCAGCACUGGAAUUCCUGGUUCACUCAAGACGAUUUCAACCAGAUGGCUGCUGCAGGUCUGAACCAUGUGAGGAUCCCAAUUGGGUACUGGAGUGUUAUUCCCAGGGACGGGGAGCCGUACGUGCAGGGUGCGUAUGACAAGCUUGGAGAGGCGUUAGACUGGGCGCAGAGUGCUGGAUUGAAGGUCAUGAUUGAUCUGCAUGGUGCUCCCGACUCACAGAAUGGAUUCGAUAACUCGGGCCGCUUGGGCAGUGUCGCGUGGACUCAAGGCGACACAGUGAAGCUUACGAUCAAUGUGCUGAACAAGAUUCGUGAUGACCACGCUGCUCACCCUGCCGUCUCCGCGAUUGAGCUCCUCAACGAGCCUAUGGGCCCCAAUCUCGAUAUGGACACCGUACGUCAGUUCUACAUGGACGGAUGGGGCAAUCUGCGCGACUCCAAUGUGGCUGUUACAUUCCAUGAAGCCUUCAUGGGCGUCACGGCCUGGAACAGCUGGGGCGCUGGUAUGUGGAAUCUGCUCCUCGACACACACCACUACGAAGUCUUCAACAACGGUCAAGUCUCCAUGGGUAUCGACGACCAUAUCAAGACAGCCUGCGACUUUGGCAACCAGAUGGCCAGCACAGGAAAGGCUACUAUCUCUGGUGAAUGGACUGGCGGCAUCACCGACUGCGCAAAGUGGCUCAACGGCAAGAACAAGGGCGCACGUUACGACGGCACCUUCAACGGCGCACCCCACAUCGGCGACUGCACUGGCAAGUCUACAGGAACUGUGGCCGCCCUGUCAAGCGCAGACAAGAGCAACAUCGGCCGCUUCAUCGAAGCCCAACUCGACGCGUACGAGAAGGCAGCAGGAUGGAUCUUCUGGACCUGGAAGACGGAGGGCGCACCCGAAUGGGACAUGCAAGAUCUGCUCGCUAAUGGAUUGUUCCCGCAGCCACUGACGGCGAGGAAGUGUAAGUCCGGCCCUUCUCUUCCAUGUUUCGACGUUCGUCUUUUGGCGUCGUCCGUAUUCCUCGCAUGAAUGUGAAACUGACGUGCUUAUAGACCCGGGCCAGUGCGGCUAAAUAUCCCAUAUCACGGGCUUGUUUCUUACUUUUUUGUCUGGGGAACGUUUCACGCUCGCUAACCCCAUGCGCUGCUCCCAUUUCUUCUUACCUCAUGUAACGAUGUAACGACUUUGCUUCGAAGAUACCCCGAUGCGUUCGCUCGCUGUACGGGCUCCCGGCUGGGAAGCCUGAAGGAUAAAUGUCUUGUAUAUAUUGGAUGGAGGGCAUAUUAGCCUGC